UGGAGGCGGAGUCGGUGGUGGCGGUUGUUGUGAAGCAGCGCGUGGUCGGGUCCUGUUUUGGGUCAUACUGAGCUAAAUUUGAACAUAUUCAUCUCUGGAGAAUAUGAGCAAGAUGAGAACCACAGAGAGACUUAGAAAAGCAUCAUUAAAAAGAAAAAAGAAUGUGAAAAGUUCAUCACAGAGCAAGAAGCUAUGUCAAGAACAGAUCAAAGCAGAGGUACCAAGAAUAUUAACUGGCAAGGAAGCUGCAUACCAUUCCUUUAAGGAUCUGAUUGAAAUCCAUUCCAUUAGAGCGUUCCUUCUGUCCUGGUAUGAUAAAAGUAAACGAGAGUUACCUUGGCGGAGGAUGGCUGUGACAGAAUCUGAUUUGAAUAAAAGGGCUUAUGCAGUUUGGGUGUCUGAGAUCAUGUUGCAACAAACACAGGUAGUUACUGUGAUCAACUACUAUAACAAAUGGAUGCAGAGAUGGCCAACCUUGCAGGAUCUUGCUAAAGCUACCCUUGAGGAAGUGAAUGAAAUGUGGUCUGGCCUAGGAUAUUAUUCUAGAGGAAGACGAUUAUAUGAAGGAGCACAAAAGGUUAUAUCAGAAUUCAAAGGUGAGAUGCCACAGAAUGCAGAGGAGCUACAGAAGCAGCUGCCUGGGGUUGGGAGAUACACUGCUUCUGCCAUUGCCUCAAUCGCAUUUGGACAGGUAACUGGAGUAGUGGAUGGGAAUGCUGUACGAGUGCUGUGUCGUGUUAGAGCAAUUGGAGCAGACAGCACCAGUUCAACAGUGAUUGAAGCACUUUGGAUGUUGGCGAAUGCCUUGGUGGACCCAUUAAGACCAGGUGACUUUAACCAAGCUAUAAUGGAGCUGGGUGCUACUGUCUGUACUCCCAAGGCUCCCCUUUGUUCGGAAUGUCCUGUUAAGGCCCACUGUAGAGCUUACCAUCAGGUUGGUUUUGAGUUAUCACUGAAAAAGGUUUUGAAGAAGCAGGAAUCAGUCUCAAAAAGACUGCUGGGCAAUACCUUGUCAAAAAUUUCCCCCACUCCAGAUAUUGAAGAGUGUGAGAAUUGCUCCUUAUGCUUGCCUGACAAAGAAUCCUGGGUUGGUAGUCUUGGGGUAAUGAACUUCCCAAGGAAAGCUGCAAAGAAACUACCACGAGCAGAGCGAACACUGACCUGUGUCGUUACACGGAAGAGGAAUGCUGAGGAUGCAGAAGAAUACUUCCUAGUUCAGAGACCUAACAUCGGACUGUUAGCUGGAAUGUGGGAGUUCCCCAGCAUUCUGUUGGAGUCUGAGAUGACAGAAAAGGAACAGAAAUGCAAGAUUUUAGAUCGGCUUACAGAAUUAUUGGGGAGUUCAGUUACAGAGAAAAAUUUUCAAUAUUUGGGGGAGGUAGUACAUAUCUUUUCUCACAUUCACCAGACCUACGUCGUGUACAGUAACUCACUGAAUAGUGCAUCAAUCGAUACUGUGAAGCAGGGGAGGACAAAGUGUCCUUCCUUCCGCUGGGUAACAAAGACCGAGUUUCAGCAAUCAGCUGUGUCUACAGCCAUGAAAAAGGUUUUGCAAUUGUUUAGCCAUUCGAGUACAGAUGGGAAGCUGUUGGAUAAGGAUGUCAAGCGAAUCCAUGACUCUGAAACAAAUAGAAACAAGCAAAAAGAAAGAAAACACAAAGCUUCAACAAACCAUGGGGGGAAACAGCUCUCAAUGGACAGUUUUUUCAGACCUACAGUGAAGGAAUCUCUAUAGUUGUCCAAAGAGAGCAGUUAAAUAAUACUUCAGCUUUCAUUGUUAGACUUCAAGCCAAAUCCAACCUGGAUAGUAAGCAGCUGAGGGUUUCCACUGGAUACAGACACAUGCCAAGCUAUUCUUCCAAAAGUGGAUGAGAAGUAAGACUCUGUUAAUGUCCAAAACAAUCCCCUUCUCAUAAGACCACUAAUGGCAGUCAAAUAGUAGAGUAUUUUGUACCCUGUUCCAGGUAUCAUCUGUUUAUGAUUAUGUUGAUGUUCACAAAUGAUAGUCAGUUUGAGACUGGAAAUUCUUGGCUCUGCCUUGUACUGCGUAUUGUGCUUGUAAGAUGACUUUUUUCAUUUUUAGCUAAAGUACACUGACAGUUAUUUUGCAGUAACCAGAUGAUGGUUUUCAGAUAAUGACAUUCCAGUAGUUUUUUUUGGCUGGACAAUUCAUCAGGCUUGCACACACUCUCCUCGUCAAUCAUUGAAGCUAACUAUCAGGCAAACCCUGAUUCGAAAACAAAUGCACACCAAAUUUUAAUGUCAGUAACAAGUUCAAAUCUCUAAAUGUUAGGGCACUGCAUUGAAAAUGUUCUUUGAUUGAUGGAAAGGUUACUGCAUUGGGUGUGGAAUCAGUAAUGGAGAAAGCUUUUCAUUGAAUGUGGGCUGUGAGGGGUAGGGAGAGUAUGUUGCAUUGAAUGUGGGCUCAGCAAGGGGUGAGCUUAGAACUGAAUGUGGUCUCUAAAUGAUGAAGAACCAGUGCUGCAUGAGUCUAGGUUCAAUGAUGAAGAGAGAUUUGCAUUGAAUAUUGGCUAAAGUGACUGAAAUAGAGUUGCAUUUAUUGUGACCAUAGUGAUAGAAAAAGCUUUGUGUUGAAUUUGGCCUCCCUGUUGUAGAGAGGAUGCUGCAUUGAGCGUUGGCUUAGUAAUAGGGUCGUAGUCAUACGGUUGUGAAUCACCAGCAUAGAAACAGGCUUUUCAGCCAAUCAUGUAUAACCAACAAACACCAACUAUACUAAUCCCAUUUUCCUGAAAGAUCCGGCCUGCCCUGUUGAGUUUCUCCAACAAUUCUUGUUUUUGUUUGUUUUGGUUCUUGAGCAUCUGCAGCUCUUUGUUUUAUUUAAGAAUAUUUUUCUUCUUUUCUGUUGUUUUUGCAGUAAGUGUCAAAUAUGUUUAAUCGUGGAGGCCAGAAGACUGAUGAUUAAUGUUUCAAACCAGGUUGUGUUUUUAUUAUUUUAUUUUCCCCACUUAGCUAAGUCAUUACAUUUUAAUCACUCCCUCGUAUCCAGUUCUUCAAGUCUGGAUUAUUUAAUUAGAUUAUGGUCUUUCUUCAGACUAUGUCAUCAGGAGAAAAAAUCCACAUGGUGCAGAUAAAAACUCAAAUGCAUUCUAUAAAACAUGCAACUGAAAUUAUUAACUAAUGGGAUUUUUAUUUAUGAUUUUAGUUCAUAUGUUUCUUAUUUUUGUACAAGUAUAAAUAACAACAGAUGUAGUGUUUAACAUAUACUUGCAGCACACUGUACAGAGAUUUUACUUUGAAUUUAAUUCAUUUUUAAAACUUUGUCUUCAUUAACAUUGUGCACUCUUUUGGUAAAAUGUAAAACAAUUGACUACUAGCUUCUUAAUUGUCCACUAAAUAACUUAUUCUGUGUUGACGCUCAUGCAGAGCAAACUAUUAAGGAGGUUGGAAAUCUGAAAAAGACCAAUAAACGCUGAAAAGGCUAAGCAGGACUGGCAGCUUAAAAACAGAGUUAAUGGUUGGAAUAUAAUGCUACCCUUGCAAGUGGGCUGAGUGCUAUCUCAUGUGCUGAACCGUUUGCCACCUUCCUGACUAUCCAUAGUUAUGUCUGGAACAGGAAGAAUCAAGACGGCCCUUCUAGCCUGGAGUUCAGUUGGAGCCCAUAGGUGACUGCUUUAAGGGUCUCAUCCUAUCACUAAACGCAUUAAACCAGUAAUGGAUAUGGGUGAUACCAUUUGGACAGACAUCGGGGCACAGAUUGCAGGCUGACGGCUUCACCCAACAGUGGAACCAGCCAGCAGCAAGGGAAGUAUCCAUAGAAUGAAACCUCCCGGCCCUUAACAUGCUUAUCUUCCUGCCCCAAUCAUUUCCAGGACCAAUUGGCAUCUAAUUGGAUAGUCUGGUAUCUCUUGGUGGUGCGACCUAUGCACUUCGGAGAAAAUCCUGCAGAAAAUUUACCAAAGCAAAGAACUCCAUUGGUAGUUUGCAGACUGAUUGUGAAGUAUUUGUGAUGGGACUCCUGAACAUGGCUGUGGGGCUGUUGCUGCUAGGACCUCAGCAGUUAGAGGGUCUUGCUGGUACAUACAGUAAACUUUGUGCAGUGUUUUAGGCCAGCUGCCUUUGUGUUGUUAAUGCUUGUAUACUCUAAAUGGUGAUUCUGAAAUGAAAGAUGCAUCUAGAAAUUUGAGAGACACAGCAGAAAUUCAUCCCAGAAGAGCGAAAUUGAUUCUUGAUUGGUAAUCACGAUCGAUUAGAUCAGGGGUAACGGGGAGAAGGCAGGAGAACAGGACUGAGAAGCAUCAAUUGUGAUCGAAUGAUGGAGCAGGCUCCAUGGACCGAAUGGCAUAAUCCUGCUCUUAUAUUUUCUGGAUUUAUGGUCUACUGCAUGUGACUGUGGAGCAUAUUCACUGUAUCAUAUUUUUUAACCCUGUAUUACUAAUGACUAAUUUUGUACUUUUUUAAAAGAUACAUCUUUUCCAAAUAAAGCUAUGGAAUAUG